AAAAAUCCUCCUGGAUUACUCGACACGAGCUUCGAAGCCUCGACACGAAAGGUCACCACAACAGACAGGCACUGAAAUGAAGAGAGUCAACAGCUGUCAGAGGUUCAUGAACAGACGGGCCUCUGCAAACUGCCGCUACCAGCCCACCUACUAUGAGCACGCUGCAAACUGCUACACCCAUGCAUUUCUCAUCGUGCCGGCCAUCGUGGGCAUGGCGUUGCUGCACCGUCUGUCGGACAACGGCUGGGAGAGGAUCACGGCCUGGGUGUACGGCAUGGGCCUGUGCGCCCUCUUCCUGGUCUCCACUGUGUUUCAUAUCAUCACCUGGAAGAGGAGCCACAUGAGGUCCAUGGAACAAUGUUUCCACAUGUGCGACAGAGUGGUCAUCUAUGUCUUCAUCGCUGCCUCCUACACACCGUGGUUGAACCUGCGUGAGCUGGGCCCUCUAGCAGCUCACAUGCGCUGGUUUGUGUGGCUCAUGGCUGCUGCUGGAACCGCUUAUGUCUUCAACUGUCAUGAAAAGUACAAACUUGUUGAGCUGGCCUUCUACUUGAUGAUGGGUUUCCUCCCCGCGUCAGUCGUGACAUCAAUGAGCAACACAGAGGGCCUUCAGGAGCUGGCCUGCGGCGGACUCAUCUACUGCCUCGGCGUGUUCUUCUUCAAGAGCGACGGCGUCAUCCCCUUUGCCCACGCCAUCUGGCACGUGUUCGUGGCGCUGGCGGCGGCCGUGCACUACUACGCCAUCUGGAAAUACCUCUACAAGGCUCCCAGCGCGGAUGCCCUCCUCCAGUUGUGACCACGGGGCCUGGGCGCGGGGGUGUGUGUGUGUGUGUGUGUGUGUGUGUGUGUGUGUGUGUGUGUGUGUGUGUGUGUGUAUAGAUGCAUACAUACACGAUGGCCGGUAUCUCCACCUCUUAACCCCGCCUGCACACCGACUCCCAGCAGCGACAGCCGUAAAGUUUACUCAAAUAAUGACCGUGAAUUGUUUACUGUUUUCUAACGGGGGGGGGAGACAGAUCAGUGAGUCAGCGUCUCCCUGACGAACUAAAAGCUACUUCCACAGCUGUUUUGUACAACUGGACAGUGAGGGAGGAAGAUUAGACUCUCUAUGAUGAACCGUGGCACAUUCAGUAUUUGAGGGAUUUGAUAGAAAGUGUUUUGUAUCGUUCUGAAGGAAGUCACAGUCCACAUUUGGAUGAUUUAUUUUUGGGGGGGUUCAUCCAUUUGAACACUGGGGAUCACUGGAGUGAGGUGCUAAGAAUCCGAUGUUAUCAGGAGCAGGGCUGGGUGUCGUUUCAGCACCGAAAACCAAAGAUUUCAAAUGUUGUUUUCUACACGUGUAUAAAAACUUCUGAGACACAUUUAAAUCAGGAACUAUCGGAUCAAAGAUUAAGUUUGAAUCUGACCAGAUAUUUGACACCAACUGUUCAUGCUCUGUAUCAACACGUGUUGAUGCUGUUUGAACCCAGCCCUCAGUAGUUCAGACACAUUUAAAGUCUUUCAAGUUAUUUUCAAGGAAAGAAAUGAUUAUUUCGUUUUUCCAUCUUUUUGUAAUGUUCUUUUUACAGUGAUUACGUUGUGAACCCAUCUGAUCCACACAAACCUUUUGGACCAAUGCUUUGUCUUUCUGUCCACAUGCAGUCCUCAGGGAUCAGGCAUCCACACUUCCUCCUCGCUCAGUAUUUAGCGCCCCCUGCUGGUGACCUGGGAUUUAGAUAAAUGAGCCAAACGAUGAGAGAAAAUCAGUUUCAGGUAAUGCGAGGAGAGAGUAGUUUUUCUUAUUAGUGUGAACAGUAGCGUGAGCAUGCUCGACCGUUGUACUGUAGUCCGGUGUUUCAUUCCCACUGUCUCCUUCCAUCUGUGCAGAAACCUCAUCUCUUGUGUACGUUUGCUUCACGGCUCUGUUGCUUUCCUCUUAGUGGAGCUGAACGAGUGCAUAUUGUGGCUCUGGUUAAAUAACCACUGUGUGUUUUGUAAUGUUUGUAUAUUCUGUUUGUUCUGCUGAUUUAAUGAUCCUGGCCUUUUGCAGGAGGGGAAAAAAACAAAAAAAACUGCUGCUUUUUUGUGUUUUCCAUUGGGUGUUAAUGGUGCUGCUGCAUAUGUACAUGAAUGCCCCCCCCACUAUACUGAGUAUCACCUUUCUAAUGUGACAAUAAAACAUAAUGCCCCA